AUGGAGACAGAAUCACUAUUGCUAAAUGCAAUACAUGGCUUGCAAGACCCUAUACCACAAUAUGUAUUAGGUUCAUUGCCAGCAAUAUUAACAAUAGGAGCUACACCAUUUAAAGGAGUUGGUAGAAAACUUGGAUGGUUUGUUCGAUGUCUCGGUUGUCCAUUUGUCGGUCUUUUUUAUUUUUGCAAUAUCAAAAGUGAUAAAGUAACAAUGUGUGCAUAUUGGUUAUCUGCAAAUAAUUUUAUUGUUGAAAAUCCAAAUUUUCAAUCAUCUCAAAUUCGUUACAGACCUGUUGGACAUCAUGCUAAGCAAAUAAAUCCGCCUCAAAAUUUACAUGACCCGAAUGAUCAACAGUUAAUAAUGAUUGAUACUUUAAAAGAUUGCGUAGCAGAGGCAUCUUUAUUAGAUAGAUUUGCUUCAUUGGUAUCUUUAUACUAUAUAGUUGUAGGUAUAUUUAUUGGAAUUGCUAAAGCAAUUCAAUGUAUGAAAGAUAACUCAGUACAGCAAGAUUGGCCAUAUAUACCAUUAUUAUUUAUUUGGACAAUACCUAUUACUUGGUUUAGAGCAUGGCGUGGAUUAGUAGUUGUUAAAGAACCGAAUAUUACAGAUCAAUUAUCUGUCAGAGAUUACUCACCAAAUAAUCUAAAUAAUCUUCAUAACAAACAGUUUUGCGUUGCAUACAUAUUUUUAUUUUCAUUAUUAUCUCCUUGGUUUACAGUGCUUAUAGCAUAUUAUACUCGUCCAGUUGGAUUUUUUUGUAGAAGUAAAUUUUUGACAAUAAUAUGUUCUGUAUGGUCAUUUAAUAAUAUCAUGGCAUAUUCUAGUCAUAUUAUGAAAUGUGAAAGUCAAGUUACUGGACCUUCUUUACUUAAUUUGAUAUUUAGUAUCUGUGGUUCACUAUUAUUAGGUGGUUUAGGUUUUUUAAGUAUAUUAGCAUCUUUUACUGAUUUAUGGGUAAACAUUUUUGGUCCUUCUUGCUAUGUUCCGUCUUCUUGUUAG